CCACGUCACGUGAGUUCGCCACGACUCCCCCACCUCACCGUCACUUCUUCCUCAAUCCCAAUUCUUCAGCUCCAUUGCAUGUAACCGGUAGGCUUCACUCUCUGAACCUCUCCCGCCAAACCCUAGAAAAUGGCUCUUUGUCCUCUUCAGCUCUCCAGUUCCAGAGCUCUUCAUCAAUCUUCAUUCCUCGGCCCUUUCUCCGCCUCUUCUUGGGGCAGAGAUUUCUUGUGCUUCCCCAAUGCAACUGCCAAUGUUACUUCGUCGAAAAAGGCGAUUGCUAGGGUUUAUGCAAUGUCGAGUGACACUGCUUCUUCGUUCAAGAUGAAUCUGAAUGAGUAUAUGGUCACUCUUGAGAAACCGCUCGGUAUUCGGUUCGCUCUCUCCGCGGACGGCAAAGUCUUUGUCCAUGCUCUUAAGAAAGGGGGAAAUGCAGAGAAGUCGAGAAUAAUUAUGGUAGGGGACACUUUGAAAAAGGCAAGUGAUUCGCCUGAUGGUGGCCUUGUUGAGAUCAAUGACUAUGGUGAUACACAGAAGAUGCUGGAGCAGAAAACAGGAUCUUUUAGUCUCGUUCUCGAGAGGCCAUUCUCUCCUUUUCCAAUUCAACAACUGCAUCUAAUGAGUGAUCUUGAUAUUUUAUUUAAUAGAGGUCGUGUUCCUGUUGCCACUUGGAACAAAACUAUAUUGGCAUCAAAUUUGCAAACAUGUUCUGACGGUGGUGGGAAUUCUGGGUUUGUCAUGUUUUCACCAAAGUUUAUAACUUCCCAAGGAUGGAAGUUUCUGAAGGGUCAAAAUGGGGAUGUUAACUCGAAAAUGCAGAGAAACACUCUCUCUCCACCCAUCAGCCAACUUGUUUGUAUUUUUUCAGAGGAAGAGUCUGGAGAUGUUGAAUGGGCUCAUGGGAGCUUUCCACUGGAUGAAUAUAUUAAGGCACUGGAUCGUUCUAAAGGCGAACUAUAUUAUAAUCACUCUCUUGGUAUGCGUUACAGUAAGAUUACAGAGCAAAUAUAUGUAGGAUCAUGCAUCCAAACCGAAGCCGACGUGGAAACUUUGUCAAAUGCAGGAAUCAAUGCCAUACUGAAUUUCCAGAGUGGAAUUGAAGCAGAAAAUUGGGGAAUCAAUUCCAGAUCAAUCAAUGAGUCAUGCCAAAAAUUCAAUAUCCUUAUGAUCAACUAUCCUAUUAGGGAGGUUGAUUCUUAUGGUAUGAGGAAAAAACUACCAUUUUGUGUUGGGCUCUUAUUGCGCUUGUUAAAAAAGAAUCAUCGUGUGUUUGUCACUUGUACUACUGGUUUUGAUCGGUCACCUGCUUGUGUGGUUGCAUAUCUGCACUGGAUGACAGAUACUUCCCUUCAUGCAGCUUACAAUUUCGUGACCGGGUUGCAUUCAUGCAGGCCUGACAGACCAGCAAUUGCUUGGGCAACGUGGGAUCUUAUAGCCAUGGUCGAAAAAGGCAAACACGAUGGGCCUGCAACCCAUGCUGUGACCUUUGUGUGGAAUGGGCACGAGGGGGAGGAGGUAUUUUUGGUUGGAGAUUUUACUGCAAACUGGAAAGAACCAAUUAAGGCAGUCCACAAGGGUGGAUCAAGAUAUGAAGUUGAAGUUAGACUUACACAAGGGAAGUACUACUAUAAGUUUAUUACUAAUGGGCAAUGGAGGCAUUCAACAGCUUCACCAAUAGAAAGGGAUGAAAGGGCGAAUGUUAACAAUGUGAUUGUGGUUGGUGAUAUUGCCAGUGUCAGGCCUUCUAUCCAACAACAAAAGAAAGACUCCAAUGUUGUAAAGGUGAUUGAGAGGCAGUUGACCGAAAAUGAGCGAUUUAUGCUGGCAAAGGCAGCCCGCUGCAUUGCAUUUUCUGUCUGUCCGAUCAGACUGGCUCCCAAAUAGUCAGGUAUACAACAAUAUCCUGACUGCCUGUUCCAAUACAUGCUGUUUCUGGAACUCAAUUUGAACAUCCCCUGGGUGAGGCAUAGAAGGAUCAUACCCUGCAUCUACACUUUCAAGGUAUUCUCACCAAGACAUGAAAAUGCCUAUACUUUGUGCAAAUGCAACUAUAAGAAAGAUCUAUCUUCAGAAACAUCAAAACUGAGAUAAUCUUUGAAGUUACUUCUUUACAGAGUUUUAUGGACUGGCCUUGUAAUCUAUAGAAGAUGGAACUUUUAUGCGACAUUCACUCGGCAGUACCAGUCCAGUCUCAAUAUUUAUACCCCAUCCUAUGUAUUUGUAUCGAAUCAGUUGUUGUCUUUCAGUAUUUCCUAUUAGUAUAUAUGUCCCUAAGGGGUGCCAUCAAUAAUGCCCAGUUGCUUCUAAAAGAAAUUUGGCACUAUAUGUUUGAAAUUAAGCUGCUUGGAACUCGACACAAGUAUAGUUAUGCAUGUUGAAUAUUCUCGAUAUAUAUAGCUUUCAAUAUUUUAAAUGGUA